AUGACGAUGUCUUCUCCACCAUCUUCUCUUGAUCCAUAUAAUAAAAUCGGCGACCAAACAAUGAGGCUCACUUCUUAUUUUGCUUCUCUCAGUGGGAAAAACAUGGAGGAAGUAGCUGUGGUUGUUGAGUUGAUUACAAAGCUUCAUGAAGGGUGUGAAGAGGAUGUGAAAAUCAUUUCAACUGUAAUUGGAAUUGAGAGUGGAUAUAUUAGUUUUCUAGCUAGACCUCAAAGAGAAAAUGCAGAGGAGCUAGCUGAGGUUAAACAAAUGAUAAAAACCCCUGAUUUUUUCAACAAGCUUGUUGAUAGUAUGGACCCUACUGUUUUUGGUCAUCAAGACAUCAAGCGAGCAAUUCUGCUUAUGCUUUUGGGUGGAGUUCAUAAGUUCACCCAUGAAGGGAUCAAUAUCCGGGGGGCAUCAAUGUUUGUAUUGUUGGAGAUCCAAAUUGUGCUAAAUCUUAGUUUCUCAAUUUCAAGAUCUUUUUACACAUCUGGGAAAUCUUCCUAUGUUGUUGGAUUAGCAGCCACUGUUGCAAAAGAACCAGAAACCGGAGAGUUUUGUAUCGAGAUACUAGUUCUAUGUAAUUGGGCUACAAAAGGUGCUGGUGUUAGUGAUGAAAGACAAGGUUCAGAUUCAAAAAGUGUUGUAGAGCUAACAAAUGGAUCUUCAGUGCAAUGA